AAAACCUGCCAUUUGGGAUCAAAAAUAUCCAAAUCACCACAACAGGUUCAUUUUGGAUAAACUGUUGCAAUUCAAUACAACAAUGCCCGUAGUUCGCAAUAAAUGGAAAGGACUACGUGACAAAUAUAGAAAUACGUUGACAAGCAUUUCCAAACCAAAAUCUGGUUCUGCUCAAUUGGCGGAUUACAAUGGUUCGUGGCAGUAUUUUCAUAAAUUGUCCUUUUUAAAAGAUCAGUUUACUGCCAGGAAAUCCAGCAGCAACUUGCCAGCGAUAGUUGAAGAUGAAUCUAUGAAUUCUUUGAUGGAUGAAAUUUUAAAUGAUGAUGAAAGUGAAAUGCAAAAUUCUAUUUCAAAAGAAACGAGAGAAAUUGAAGCUCCAUCAUUUUCACGCCAACCUUUAAAUUCUUCCCCAAAACCAGGAAAGGUCAAGCGUUCACAAGAAGGUAUUGGAAAUGCGUUGCUUGAAAUGGAAAAGGAAAAACUUCGAUUUUUGCAAGAAAAGAGAGCAAACAAAGGUGAGGAUGAUGAAGAUCUUUCUUUUUUUAAAAGUUCAUUGCCUCAUCUGAAAAAUAUUACUUCAUUGCAUAAACUAGAAUACAGGAUGAAAGUAUUGCAGCUGAUACAUGAACUGGUUAAUAAAUCAAUACCUAUUUAUAUUGAAUGUAACACUGAAAACACCACGGCUAGAUGUGAUGACAAUGCACAAAACAAUGAAUACCCGAUUUAGAUUCACAAUAUUCUAAAUGUUUAAAAUAUUUCAUUUUUUUUGUUAUUUACCAAUGAAUAUGUUAAUUUUUCUCCAAUAAAAUUAUUCGUACGUAUGUACCUUAUUGUAAGCAUCAAUCGCUCCUCUUGCAAGAUUGGUCUGUUGUGGCAGUUUUGCCAAUUAUGCUGCAGUCGAUCCGAAAUUUGAGACAGAAUAUAAUCGAAUGUAUCGCUUGUCAUUCUCAUAUAUUCGAAAAACUUUUUUGGAUCCUGUCUCAAACUAUCAUAGAGAUGGUGAAAUUCCCCGAGUUCUAGUC